AAAGACACACACACAGAGAGAUGGAAGACGAGGACGAUGAGGUAGAGAGAACCGUGAGAUGGCUGGAAGACCUCUCCAAUGGCGUCCUGAAGCGCGACUUUGAGUUCCUGACGUUGCAAGGCCUUCGAGUCGUCCGCGCCCGGAAGGACUCCUUCCUCUGCGCCUUCGUCGUCCCCGAUCGCCUAUCGGACAGGGAUGGGAAUUGGCACGUGGGAGCCAUGGUCACGCUGAUCGACGACGUCGGGGCUGCGACGGCGUACUGCGCCACCGGCAACGUCAAGGCCACCCUCGACUUCAGCGUCUCCUUCCUUUCCCCAGCGAAGAUCCAAGAAGAAGUAGAGAUAGAGUCAAAGGUAGUAGGGGCAGGGCCAAAGGGGAAGCUUGCAAUGGUGGUGGUGGAAGUCAGGAGGAAAGACAAUGGCAAGUUGAUUGCCUUGGCUAAGCAGUGGUUGGCUUCUGUCAAUUUGACCGGUGAUCAACUCAGUAGCAAGCUUUGACACUUGCUCGGGACGAUUUGCGUGCAUCCAUGCCAGACAUUCUGUACUAUUUCUACAACUCGAAACUUUGGAUGAUUCUAUGAUAUAACUCGUAAAGUGUCUCGACAACUUCCAUUUUUUCGU